GUCAAAUGUUCCUCCACAGGUACAGUAGAGCGCGAGGCAGCUGGGCCACGUUGACAGUGCUGUAAGUACAAAGUGUGUUUAGGAAGCGGUCGCUGAAUGAGUCGGACGGUCAACUGAGGAGCUCUGAAGUCUUAACGUAGGAUGAGUGUGGGGUUCAUAGGUGCGGGCCAGCUGGCCCACGCUCUGGUAAGAGGCUUCACAGCUGCAGGCGUGAUUGCCACCCACAGAAUCACAGCCAGUUCCCCAGACACAGAUCUCCCUACUGUACAGGGACUGCGGAAACUGGGUGUCAAUUUCACCACCAGCAACAAAGAGACAGUGAACAAAAGCGAUGUUCUCUUCCUGGCUGUGAAGCCACACAUCAUUCCGUUUGUGCUGGAUGAGAUUGGACCAGACAUCGAAGAUCGGCAUCUCAUUGUGUCGUGUUCUGCAGGCGUCACCAUCAGCUCUAUAGAGAAGAAGCUGUACCAGUAUCGCCCUGCUCCAAAGGUGAUGCGUUGCAUGACCAACACUCCAGUGGUGGUGCGUGAGGGGGCCACUGUGUACGCCACGGGCACCCACGCAGAUGUAGAGGAUGGCCAGCUACUGGAGCAGCUGAUGGCCAGCGUAGGAUACUGCACUGAGGUGGAAGAGGACCUGAUUGACGCCGUCACCGGCCUCAGCGGCAGCGGUCCUGCUUACGCGUUUACAGCUGUAGAUGCUCUCGCUGAUGGUGGAGUGAAAAUGGGCCUGCCCAGGAGACUGGCUGUACGCCUCGGAGCCCAAGCCCUGCUGGGGGCUGCUCGAAUGCUGUUGGACUCCCAGCAACACCCCGGGCAGCUCAAGGACAAUGUGUGUUCACCAGGGGGCGCCACCAUCCACGCCCUGCAUGUCAUGGAGAGCGGCGGUUUCCGCAGCCUCCUGAUCAACGCUGUAGAGGCCUCCUGUGUUAGGACAAGGGAACUUCAGUCUUUGGCCGACCAAGAGAAAAUCUCCCCAGCAGCCAUUAAGAAGACAACUCUGGACAAAGUGUUGCAGCAGCCAGGAGUGACUGCAGAUGCUGUUGCAGUCAGAUCUCAUGGGAUCAGUAUGUUCAACAGCAAGAACCCGAGUACCAAGAAGAAGUGAUCUUGGAAACAGCACAUUUUAAAAUGACCUGUGACAUCAGUGAAGAUGCAGUACAUGCUGUAAAUAAACCACUGCUUGCAGAUUAGUGUUGAAAAAUAAGAUAACCUAGUGGAUUACUUUCUAUA